ACGGGCGGGAUAUCCGCAGUAGCUAAUAACAUGGCGAAGACUUACGAUUACUUGUUUAAACUACUUUUAAUCGGCGAUUCGGGCGUCGGAAAGACUUGCGUGCUAUUUAGGUUCUCAGAGGAUGCCUUCAACUCAACGUUUAUCUCCACCAUAGGUAUUGACUUCAAGAUCAGAACAAUAGAAUUAGAUGGCAAGAAGAUCAAGCUACAAAUAUGGGACACAGCAGGGCAGGAGAGGUUCAGAACCAUCACAACAGCGUACUACAGAGGAGCCAUGGGCAUAAUGUUAGUAUACGACAUCACCAACGAGAAGUCGUUUGACAACAUCAAGAACUGGAUACGGAAUAUAGAAGAGCAUGCCUCAGCAGAUGUGGAGAGGAUGGUCCUUGGGAACAAAUGUGAUGUCAAUGACAAACGACAGGUGUCCAAAGAAAGAGGAGAGAAGCUGGCACUGGAAUACGGUAUCAAGUUUAUGGAGACCAGUGCAAAGGCCAACAUCAAUGUGGAGAAUGCCUUUUUGACCCUUGCAAGAGACAUCAAGGCAAAAAUGGACAAGAAGCUGGAGGGCAACAACCCGCAGGGCAGCAGUCAAGGAGUGAAGAUUACAGAGCAGCCCAAGAAGAGCAGUUUCUUCCGCUGCACGCUCCUGUGAGGAGACAGGGCUGUCAACGUCCACCAUUGCCUUAACCACAUCCCCCACUGGACAGAACUGGACAGAGCACACUCGCAUCUCCUUUGUCUUUCUUUUUCAGCUUUCUUUAUUUCUCUCUGCUCUUCUGUUUAAAAAAAAAAUUCACAUUCCCUUGCUUUGCCCAUCAUAAAGUCCCAUCGCAGUCAGUCAUUAAAGCGUACUAGGCUCAAGCAAACCAAACGCAAAAAACAGACCUCCCUUGACACCUGUACAUUCAAGUACUGUUGCCUCUGUUAAAUCCUUAGGCAGAGAGACUUGUGUCUGUUUCAGCUUCAUUCCUUAACUUUUAAUGAUUUUAAGGACUGUUUUGAAAGACAGACAAUUAUGUCGCAGACAAAAUGACAAAAAUCCUUACUGUCCACGGUCCAUAGCACUUUGAAACCAAUGCCACUGAAAUCAUUCCACUGAAAGGUUUUUUUGCAGUCACUGCCUUGACGAAUCUGUCUAAUUGGCCUCACUUACAUGUUGCUGGUAUCACUCGGUGAAGGCUCUUUGCUUCGGUGCUUAUCACAAAAAGUACCCUCUUCCAGAAGGGGCUCACUGCUCUCAUAGGCAUCCUGAGUUCAUUCAUAUUCCACAUGUCAGAUACUUGCUGCCUGUGUUGCAGUUUGUGAGCAUCUGUGGCCAACUGAGUAUCACCAGUAGCUUUUCUAAUUCUUCUACUAUAUUUAUGCACUGACUAUACUGUAAAUUGUAGCCUAGAUGGUUGUAUAUCAACAUGUAAAUUUAACAGUGGUUAUAUUUUAUUGUAUGAACCCGUAGCACCAGUGCAUUUUGCGCAUCGUAUCAACAUUCGGGUUUACGUGCCCUUUCAUUCACUUCCAGAAAAAUGCAUAUGCCUGUUCUCUUCUAAUUUCUGUGGAGUUUCAGGCUGAAACAUUCCAUUCUCGUGAUCUCCGAAAGUGUGCAAUGAUAUCUGCGAGGCCCGGAUUUUAAAGUCUUAUCUCAAGUACACACAUGGUUGUUUUGAAGCUGGGCUCUUGACAAAGUUUUGCGUUUCGGGGGACACAGAGAUUCCUUUUAUAGCGGCUGUGUUUAGCUGUUUAGGUGUUGUGUGAUCUCAUGAGAGCAGGAUGAGGCUGAUGCGGGGCGGAUGGUUAUUUAAUAAUGCACUUCAACUGGUGGACUAGCAGCACUGUUGUAAUUGGCUAUACCGAAGCUAAACACCAGGAGGCAAUACAGUUACACAGCAGUGGGACCGAAGGAAUCAUGGCAGUGAUGAAUUUAUUGUUUGAUGAUUUAUACGUUUCCUACAGUUAACAGUCCCAGUGGGGGAAGUUGUACAUAACCGUUUCCUAGGCCUUGAUAAGGAGCUGUGCUGUAGCAGUAUUUAUGGAGUGAAACAAAACAUAGCACCAAAAUGACAAAGUGCCCUUUUAUGUUCUUAUCGAUUAUGCACUUUUUCCAGUUGUCUUUCCGUACUAGCUGUGUGUCAGAGGAAUCUGUUGCUGGUGUUCAUAAUGAGUCUUAACUGAAAGCAAAGGAUAUCCUUGCACAAGUUUGCCGUUUGCAUUCACCCUGCACCCGAGCUGGGCUUCCUAAAACCGUUGUAGCACUGAGACCUUAUUUUUAUCAUUGCAUUGUAUAAUGAAGAUAUUAGUGCUAUGAUUUAAGGGUGUGAUUUUUUUUUUUUUUUUUUCUCACCUCAAGUUAAUUUUUAAUACAACUCUGCCCCUUUUGUUUCUACUGACAUUUUCCGUAGUUCCAGCUUCUUUCUCACUGUUUCCUCUUUUGAGGGUGGGGUUGUUUGGUCUAUUUGUUUUUGUAGCCGUUGGUUCAAUCACAUCCCCGUCGAUGCUUUUAGGAACUCCAGACACCGACUUGUUCUCCCAUACUGUAGCGUCACCUGACUUGUUUUGGCCCAGUGUCACGGCCUUCUGAACUAUGCAUCCCAAGUGCGUAAAAAAUCCUUGACAGCUUUGCACAUUUGACUUGACAAGCUUUAUUUGAGAUUAGAAAUGUGCAAAGGAUCUGACGUAUAACUUUGUGUUGUUUUUUUUUUUUUUUCUUUUUUUCUGUUGUCACUGCCUCUUUAUAUAUCUGUUGUCUUAAUGUGGAGCUCACAGAAUAGGAAAUUGAAAGCUGAUAGAAAUCACCACUGAGGUAUUCCGGUGAGCUUCCCAAGGCUUCAUGAUCAAUUAUUUCUAGUUGUGCAAAGAGAUGGUGAACUGAAUUUGUACCUGUUAACCUGUGGAUUAAAUCACCAUUACAUCGUGGUAUCGUAUCGGCUCAGUUGGACGUGGUCGAUGUUUCAGCAGUCAUCAGUCACACUGGCUGUCUCUCACACACAGACUGAGCUUGUUCUGGGCUGGAUCACCGUGUAUUAUUUUAGUCUUGAAAUAGGCUUAAUAUUGUUCUGGGAAACAGGCAAGGUUUCAUUUUGAUUGGAACUAUUUUCAAUUCUCACAUUGUGGAUCUGGCAGUUUUAUGUGAACAUAUCUUUAGCAUUCCCUGGAUGCGUCUAAAUUCAGAUUUCAUCACUGAUUAUUGGUGGAUUUCAUGGUGAAGAAAUUUAGUUAUUUCAACAAUUGUAAAUAAAGAUCUACAUUGAUUGUACUGUAGUUUCAUAAAUCUUAUUGAUCUACACCUUUGUAGAUAUGUGUACUUUUGAUGAUUUAUUAAAAUGAGAUUCUUU